AUGCGCUAUGCUUACACUGAGGAUCGUAAGAUUGGCAUCACCGGAGCCGUGUUUCUUAUUCUCAACAAGAUGAUUGGAACAGGGAUCUUCUCAACCCCAUCCAGCAUCUUUGCGGCGACGGGCUCGGUAGGGAUCUCGCUGAUGCUGUGGAUCGUCGGCGGCGUCCUGACCUUUUGCGGCAUAAGCGUCUUCCUCGAGUUCGGGCUGGCCAUCCCCCGCUCUGGAGGCGAGAAGAACUACCUGGAGAGGGUGUACCGACACCCGCGGUACCUGGCGACGUGCGUGCUGGCCUCGCAGAUGAUCCUGCUCGGCUUCUCGACCGGCAACUCGCUCGCGUUCGGGCGCUACGUCCUGUACGCGUCCGGGUGGGGCUCCAACGACGGCUGGCCGGCCCGCGGCGUGGGCAUCGCGGCCAUCACCUUCUCGGUCGCCCUGCACGCCGUCCUGCCAAAGUGGGGCAUCAGGCUGGUCAACGUCCUGGGCGUCUUCAAGGUCGUUACGCUCCUCUUCAUCGUCUUCUCCGGCUUCGCCGCCCUGGCCGGUCGCGGCAAGGACGUGCCGGAACCGAGGGCCAACUUCCGCCACGCCUUCGACAUCGACUACGACAUCGGCGGCGCCGGCGGCGCCCAGGCCUACUCCAACGCCAUCCUCAACGUCGUCUACAGCUACAAGGGCUGGGAGAAUGCAAACUACGUCGUGUCCGAGCUCAGGGACCCCCGAAAGACCCUCGCGGUGGCCGCGCCCCUCGCCGUCGGCGGCGUCACCAUCCUCUACGUCCUCGCCAACGUAGCCUACUUCGCCGCCAUCGGGAAGGAGGAUCUCGCCAACUCCGAGGUCCUCGUCGCCGCCGUCUUCUUCCGCAACAUGUUUGGCGACAGCGCUGGCGCCAACGUGCUGCCCGUCCUCGUCUGCCUCAGCAACUUGGGCAACGUGCUUGCCGUCUCGUUUGCCCAUGCUCGUCUGAAUCAGGAGCUCGGAAAGGAGGGUAUCCUCCCUUUCAGCCGCUUCUGGGCUUCCAACAAACCGUUCAAUGCCCCUUCUGCAUCUCUCUUCCUACACUGGAUCGUCACCGUCAUCAUCCUCGUCGCCCCUCCCGCCGGCCCAGCCUACAAUUUUGUCGUCAACCUCUACACCUACCCUGGCACCUGGAUCAACGCCUUUGUCGGCGCCGGUCUCAUCUACCUCCAGUGGAGUAAGAAGGAGAACUGGUCUUCGUCCUGGCACACGUACCUGCCCGUGUCGCUCCUGUGGCUCGCCUCCAACAUCUUCCUCGUCGUCGUCCCCUUCAUCCCCCCGACGGGCAGCUGGACGGCCGACGGGUACCCGUACUACAUCUUCCCCGUCGUCGGAGUCGCCGUCCUGCUGCUGGGCUGCGUCUACUGGCUUUUCUGGUCUGUCGUCAUCCCUCAUCUCGGUGGCUACAGGGUUAUCGCUCUGCGGUCCAUUGACGAGACGGGCGCCGAGAUUGUGCGGUACCGUAAAGUCAGACUCGAAUAG